AUGACCCAACAUCAGUUUCCCCCAGUGGUGGCCACGCGCUGCCUUGAACCAAUAAAAUUCACCUGCUAUUUUGGGACGUUUAUCCAGACCCCGUCGCUCGGUGCUCUGCAGGUGCUUACGCACUGUGCCGUUGGAGUUGACCAGGACGGGACUAUAGUUUUCGUGAAGGAGAAUUGCGCAGACUACACCUCCUACACUUUGAAAUUCACCGGGCUGGAGCUGCACGAAGUGCGUUUCGUCGACGUUGCCGACUCGGAAACCAAAUUCUUCGUGCCUGGCUUCAUUGACACCCACAUCCACGCUCCCCAGUUCCCAAAUAACGGCAUAUUUGGCGACUCCACGCUGCUGGACUGGCUCGAAAAGUACACAUUCCCGCUGGAAUCGUCGUUUAGAGACCUCACAAGAGCUAACAGCAUCUACAGCCAGGUGAUCGAGAGAACUCUCAGCAACGGCACGACCGCGGCAGCGUACUACGCAACAAUCCACGCCGACGCAACCAACCUGCUCGCAGACCUGGCGCUGAUGCGCGGCCAAAGAGCGCUGAUCGGAAAGGUCUGCAUGAACCAAAACUCGCCGGACCACUACAUCGAGACGUUCGAGGAGAGCAAGGCCUCGCAGCUUGACGUGAUUGAGCACAUUGAAAAAAGAGACCCUUCGGGCAACUUUGUGCAGCCAAUUCUCACACCACGCUUCGCGCCCUCGUGCACAGAGAAACUGAUGAAAUGGCUGGGAGAGCUGCGCAAGUCCCACAACUAUCACUGCCAGACCCACCUCUCGGAAAAUAAACGGGAAAUCGAGGUGGCCAGUGAAAUGUUCCCAGGGUUCGAUUCGUACACAGAUAUUUAUUACAAGUCUGGGCUGCUGGGCCCGAAAACAAUCUUGGCCCACUGCAUCCAUCUGUCGGAGCAUGAAAAAGACCUCCUUGCACUGACAGGGUGUGGGGUGUCGCAUUGCCCAACGUCCAACUCGUCCAUCACGUCUGGAGAGGCCAGAGUCAGAUGGCUGCUCAAUAGCAACGUCAAAGUGGGUCUGGGAACAGACUGUUCGGGAGGUUUCACGCCGUCUAUCCUUCAGGUGGCCAAACACGCGCUGCUGGUGUCGAACCAUCUGGUGAUGAAGUCGGAAAACAACUUUGAAAAGCUCAGCACCCACGACGUGCUCUAUCUGGCGACCGUUGGUGGUGCAGAGGUGUUGAACUUGGACGUGAAGCUGGGGCUGUUCGAGGUCGGAUACAAGUUCGACGCGCAGCUGAUCCAGUUAGACUGCGAGGGUUCGCCGGUCGACACGUUUGAGUUCCAGAAUCCGAAAUGGGGUUUGCUGAGUCACGACGAGUCGCGCGGAAAGUUCCUGGACCUGAUCGACAAGUGGAUUUUCAACGGUGACGACCGCAACGUGAGAAAGGUGUUUGUGAACGGGCGUUGUGUUGUAGACAAAUAGAUAAUAUUCAAGAUGACUAAUGGUAGCACAAGGCGUAUAGAACAGGUGUCACUGGAUGGUUUUGCUGCCAUUCGGUGAUGAUGUCUGGGAUUUUGUCCUCGAACAGGGGCGCGCUGAAAUCCUCUAGACUCUUGGCGUGGGCGUCCGACAGCAUUCGCGCAAGAUCCAGAAUGGCUUGUGCUCCGGCCAGUGCGCUUUUGUGCUCAUCGCGAAUCUCGACGUUGAAACAAUGCACAGCCUGCUGCGUCUGGCUUGGCUCGAAGUAGUUCCUGCUGAAAAAAUCCUCCACGACCGAAUCAAAGCACCUUUCCUCGCAAGUUAUCACAACCUGAAAAUCCAGCUCGUUUUCGAAUUCAGGGUACUCGCUAGGUGGCAAUCGCUGAGGCGGCUGGUUAUAGUAUGGCCAUCUUUCAGGGGCCUUUUUGAUGCCAAUGUUCCGCUUAGUCAUGUCCAACACUCCGUUGGCUUUGUGUAUUUUCAGGUCCUGUGUGUUGAGUUUUUCAAGGAUUUUUGUGUAUGGCGUGCCGAAUUCAAACACAUUGGGCUGGUCAAUCGUGGGGCCUGGUAGUCUCA